AGCGACCUUCUGUACCAACAUGGCGGCUAGUUCGAAAUCCAUGCUAGAAAAAUCUGAAAAUGAGACAUGUCAUUUGGAUGAUUUUUGAUUUAAUAACAGUAUUUUCGUCAAACCCUGCAUAGAACAGCUUAGUAAAAAUUUCCACUAAAAAUCAUGUGGUCAGAUAAUGAGAGCAGCAGAGAUUCAGUGGUGGACCUAACAGAUUCACCUCCUCUGAAAACUAAAAAAAGAAAAAGAGAGACAUUAACUUCGAAACCAGUUCCAAAAAAGGCUAGUUCUUCCCAAUGGGUGACUUCAGCUUUUGGAGACUUUGAUGAUUUUGCUGGAUUUGGAUCUUCUACGCAGCCUGCAGCAAAAACCAAGCAAUCUAAACUAGUCACUAAACCUCUGUCCCAGUGUCCUCCGAGGGCUAACGUCAGUAAGCGGCCAUCUUAUGAGGACGAGCUGUGGUCUGACAAACACACUCCCAAAUCUGUGUCAGAUUUAGCUGUCCAUAAGAAGAAAAUAGAGGAAUUGCAGACAUGGCUUCAGAGACACCUGAAUUCUAAGACAAUGAGAUCACCAAUGGUUCUGUUGACUGGACCAGCGGGUGCAGGGAAAUCGGCCUUGGUUCAAGUGCUGGCCAAGGAGCUAAACUGUGAGCUGAAGGAGUGGUCCAACCCUAUAGCUGCUGCUUAUGAUGAGUUAUCUUUUCUUGAUAGAAGGAAUAACUGGUCAGAUUACUCCAGAGUGGAAGGCAGCUACUCAAGUUCUCAGCUCUCACAGUUCCAACAGUUUCUACUGAGGGCAGACAAGUACAACUCCCUGGACAUAUUUGGAAACGGAACUCAGGGAAAAGUCAUCCUAGUAGAGGAAUUCCCAAACAUAGUUUACAAAGAUGCCACAUCUUUCCAUGAUAUUUUGAGGAAGUAUUCAAAAGUGGGGAGGUGUCCCCUCAUCUUCAUCAUCAGUGACUCCAGCAGUGGGGAGAGCAAUGAGAGACUCCUGUUUCCCAAGCACUUACAGGAGGAGCUUCACAUCGAAAACAUCAGCUUCAAUCCUAUAGCAGCAACUACAAUGCUAAAAUUUUUAACAAAAAUAGCAACAGAAGAAGCCGCUCAUGGCAUGCACAAGUUUUCCAUACCAUCUAAAGCAGUGAUAGAAUCAAUAUCCAUGUCCAGUGCUGGAGACAUUAGAGGAGCCAUCAAUGCUCUACAGUUUGCAUGUCUCAAAGACACACAUGAUCUUCUUCCUACCACAUCUAAAGGCAGACAAUCAAAGAAAAAAACAUCAGGAGAAGCAUCAAAAUCGAAGAGAGCAGGAAACAAGAGUUCUGCUGACUCAGACUCCACCCUGGCGGCCAUAGGUGGCAGGGAUACCUCUCUGUUCCUGUUUAGAGCUCUGGGCAAAAUUUUGUAUUGUAAAAGAGAUGAUCCCUCAAACCAUCCAGAAUUAGCAAAGUUACCACCACAUCUUAGAGAACAUGAGAGAGAUCCUCUCAGUUUGAAUCCAGAGGAUGUGAUUGAGAAAUGUAACUUGUCGGGGGACUACUUCAAUGCCUAUCUCCACCAGAACUACCUCGAGUUUUUUUCAGAAAUUUCUGACGUCGUCCGAGCAUCGGAGUAUCUCAGUGAUUCAGAUUUCAUGACUUUUGAAUGGUCUACACAGUCAAUAUUAGAAGAGUAUGCAUCCUCAAUAGCAACCAGAGGAAUGCUUCAUUCUAACUCUAGUCGAUCCAAGCAUUCAUCUACUGGAUCAGGCCUUGGAUGGAAACCUCUCCAUAAACCACAGUGGUACUCAACAUGUAAAACAGAAAGACAGAAUUGUGAAACUGCAAGACAUUUGUUUAAAAGUUAUGCCUGUCCUCCAGAUGUACUGCAGACAGAGUUAGUUCCCUUUCUUUCACUCAUUGAUGUUACACUCCAUGACCCAGGUCAAAUUUCAUUUAUAAAUGAAAUAACCAAGUUUUCUAAUGUCAAAAUAAGGUCAGAGAAGCUGGACGAGAAGGAUCUAGGAGUGGAUAAAGAUUCACAGGAGACGGGUACCUCCGGGGAGACAGUGUGGUCCAACAAGAUGGAAGAGGACAAUAUUUCAAACAGCCAAUCAAAAGUUGUCACGGAGGAAAUGGAAGAGGAAGAAGAAUACGAGAUCACGGAGUUUGAUGACUGAGACUUUUAUGUUCCGUUUCAUUCUUUUUUUCCAGACUAGAAUAUUCAAUAAAUAUUUUCAUCUCCAGUU